AUGCAGUGUGGACCAUCGCUGCUGUCGAUUUUGUUUUCGCCCCACGCCGAAGAAGACUCCGGGAGUUUUGGGAUGCCUUGCCGAAAAACGGAGUAUCCCCAGUCAGCAGUCUCCAGUGCUACUAUUUCGUCCGAUCCUGGCAUUUCAGGAGCCAGAGGAAACAAAGGUGUGUCAGAUCUCCACCUCAAGUCUGUGCUGGACACAAAGCUUGGAAACCUCUAUCCAUCGCAAAGGCUCGAAGAGCCUCUGGAUGCCGAUUGCACGCCGGAGGACCCCCCGGACGAGGACGGCGUGCCAUUGACACCCUGCCCAACAUGCAACAUGAGCUCAUCCCAUCUGGGUUCUCUGCCUUAUUCGCUGUCGGAUCUGUCGGACCUUAAACCAGAGAGGAGGCUAUCAACUUUUUCGUCUUUUAAGAGCUAUGUUGAGCAUACGUUGAAGCGAAGGUUGUGA